AUGCCGGCGGGCAUGACGAAGCAUGGCUCCCGCUCCACCAGCUCGCUGCCGCCCGAGCCCAUGGAGAUCGUGCGCAGCAAGGCGUGCUCGAGGCGUGUCCGCCUCAACGUCGGGGGUCUGGCACACGAGGUGCUCUGGCGCACCCUGGACCGCCUGCCCCGCACGCGGCUGGGCAAGCUACGCGACUGCAACACGCACGACUCGCUGCUCGAGGUGUGCGACGACUACAGCCUCGACGACAACGAGUACUUCUUUGACCGCCAUCCAGGCGCCUUCACCUCCAUCCUCAACUUCUACCGCACUGGGCGACUGCACAUGAUGGAGGAGAUGUGCGCGUUGAGCUUCAGCCAAGAGCUUGACUACUGGGGCAUCGACGAAAUCUACCUGGAGUCCUGCUGCCAGGCCCGCUACCACCAGAAGAAGGAGCAGAUGAACGAGGAGCUCAAGCGGGAGGCUGAGACCCUGCGGGAGAGGGAGGGGGAGGAGUUCGAUAACACGUGCUGUGCAGAGAAGAGGAAAAAGCUCUGGGACCUCCUGGAGAAGCCCAAUUCUUCCGUAGCUGCCAAGAUCCUUGCCAUAAUUUCCAUCAUGUUCAUCGUCCUCUCCACCAUUGCCCUGUCACUCAACACGCUGCCCGAGCUGCAGAGCCUCGAUGAGUUCGGCCAGACCACAGACAACCCCCAGCUGGCCCACGUGGAGGCCGUGUGCAUUGCGUGGUUCACCAUGGAGUACCUGCUGCGGUUCCUCUCCUCCCCUAAGAAAUGGAAGUUCUUCAAGGGCCCGCUCAACGCCAUUGACUUGUUGGCCAUCUUGCCGUACUAUGUCACCAUCUUCCUCACCGAAUCCAACAAGAGCGUGCUGCAGUUCCAGAACGUCCGCCGCGUGGUCCAGAUCUUCCGCAUCAUGCGUAUUCUUCGUAUCCUUAAGCUCGCACGCCACUCCACUGGGCUCCAGUCCUUGGGCUUCACCCUGCGGAGGAGCUACAAUGAGCUGGGCUUGCUCAUCCUCUUCCUCGCCAUGGGCAUCAUGAUUUUCUCCAGUCUUGUAUUCUUUGCUGAGAAGGAUGAGGAUGACACCAAGUUCAAAAGCAUCCCAGCCUCCUUCUGGUGGGCCACUAUCACCAUGACGACCGUUGGGUAUGGAGACAUCUACCCCAAGACUCUCCUGGGGAAGAUUGUUGGGGGGCUCUGCUGCAUUGCAGGAGUCCUGGUGAUUGCUCUUCCCAUCCCCAUCAUUGUCAAUAACUUCUCUGAGUUCUACAAGGAGCAGAAGAGGCAGGAGAAAGCAAUCAAGCGGAGAGAGGCUCUAGAGAGAGCCAAGAGGAAUGGCAGCAUCGUCUCCAUGAACAUGAAAGAUGCUUUUGCCCGGAGCAUCGAGAUGAUGGACAUUGUGGUUGAGAAAAAUGGAGACAAUAUGGGUAAGAAGGACAAAGUGCAAGAUAAUCACUUGUCUCCCAACAAAUGGAAAUGGACAAAGAGGACACUGUCUGAAACUAGCUCAAGUAAGUCCUUUGAAACCAAGGAGCAGGGAUCCCCUGAGAAGGCCAGAUCAUCUUCUAGUCCUCAGCACCUGAACGUCCAGCAGUUGGAAGACAUGUACAAUAAGAUGGCCAAGACCCAAUCUCAACCCAUCCUCAAUACGAAGGAGUCAGCAACACAGAGCAAACCAAAGGAAGAACUUGAAAUGGAGAGUAUCCCCAGCCCUGUAGCCCCUCUGCCCACACGUACAGAAGGGGUCAUCGACAUGCGAAGCAUGUCGAGCAUUGAUAGCUUCAUUAGCUGUGCCACAGACUUCCCGGAAGCCACCAGAUUCUCCCACAGCCCUCUGGCAUCACUUCCCAGCAAGACUGGGGGCAGUAUGGCCCCAGAGGUGGGCUGGCGGGGAGCUCUGGCUACCAGUGGUGGUAGAUUUGUGGAGGCCAACCCCACCCCUGAUGCCAGCCAUCGCUCUACCUUCUUCAUUGAGAGCCCCAAGAGUUCUCUGAAGACAAACAACCCCCUGAAGCUCCGAGCACUUAAAGUCAACUUCAUGGAGGGGGACCCCAGUCCACUAGUCCCCGUUCUGGGGAUGUACCAUGACCCUCUUAGGAACCGGGGGGGCGCUGCCGCUGCUGUCGCCGGACUGGAGUGUGCCACACUCUUGGACAGGCCUGUACUGAGUCCGGAGUCCUCCGUCUACACCACAGCAAGUGCUAGGACGCCCCCCCGAUCACCUGAGAAACACACAGCAAUAGCAUUCAACUUCGAAGCAGGUGUCCACCAGUACAUCGAUGCGGACACAGAUGACGAGGGGCAGGUGCUCUACAGUGUAGAUUCCAGCCCUCCCAAGAGCGUCCAGGCGAGCACCAGUCCCAAGUUCAGUGUCGGGACAAGAUCAGAGAAGAACCACUUCGAAAGCUCCCCCUUACCCACCUCCCCUAAGUUCUUAAGGCAGAACUGCAUUUACUCAACAGAAGCAUUGACUGGAAAAGGCCCCAGUGGCCAGGAAAAGUGCAAACUCGAGAACCACAUCUCCCCCGACGUCCGCGUGUUGCCGGGAGGAGGAGCCCACGCAAGCACACGGGAUCAGAGCAUCUGAGCUGCCCCCCUCCCCCGCAACAGAGACUUGUGGCGAGACCCGAGAGGCGUGCCGUCCAGCUUCCCUGCCGCAGAGCCUUUCCGCACGAACUCAGAAAGGCUCUGCAGAGCCUCCAGACAGAAGCAAAACUCUGGGGGAGGCUCCCUAGGGCCUUGAGAGCCGCGACAGGUACGACAGAAUGCAGUCGGCCAAGCCACAGGAUGUGGCAUCUCUUUGUACCAAGUCCACUGCCCUCUUUGGGAGAUGACGUGGGCAGAACUCACAGCCACCCCUACCACGUGCUGGACCUAACGAAGGCCACCUACUCCCCACUUGUCUGUCAUGGCUGUCCAUCACAGCCUCGGGGGGAGCGGGGCGCGCAGCCUCUCCAGCCCUCCCGGCUUCAGCUGGAGAAGGAUGCCGGAACAAGCGGCUGGGCUGACCAAUUUGGUUUUGGAUGUUACCUGGCCACCUCUAGGAACUCCUGUCCAUCACCUCCUGGAUGGAUCCCACUGUUAAGAAGGCUACAGAGGAUACUCGUGUCAUGGGGAAAUUUCCGCACCAUCAGCCACGAUCCCAACGCGAAACCCUUACUCAAAUGUCUUCAUUGACUUCAGUGUUCCAUAGUACCUGAGAUUUUAUUCUGAGAUUUCAUCAGGGUGAGUUGCACCACUUGUCCUUGAUUCUCAUUGCCCCCUGGCAAUCCGGGAAGGGUUCACCCGGCAGGCACGCAGCCGGCAGUAUGAACUGUGAGCUGUGCUGUAGGGUUGUUAAAAGGAAAACACGUUCUGUGCAUCACUAGUAUAGACUCAAAAGAUAUGCAAGUGUCAAAUAUGCAAAAGAAAUAGCUUAUUCAAAGAGACUGUAUGUUACCGAAGAACAGAAUAAAAUCUGAUUUUUUUUUUUAACCUGCAAAAAUGAAAGGAAAAAAACAAAAUCCCCAAUUGAAAUGCCCAAUUCAGACUUUUGAAUACUUCCUGCGGCAGCAGGGAAAGCAUCUACUAUAAUAGAAAUUCUUUUUUGUUUCCUGUGGUAUUCAAGUUUAAAAAAAAAAAAGUUAAAAUAAAAAGCACUUUAUGUUUUUCAAAAAUAGGUUUUACCAGGGACAGUGUCCACGUCUUGCACUUUAAAACAAGCACUAUUUCCCAUGGGCCACUUUCUGGGACUACAGCUGGGUUGUUGGUACAUGCCCGUGUCCAGCCACGGGGGAGGGGGGUGUUGUGCUGGUCCUGCUGUCUGCGGUGUCAAAGUCUGUGGCCUCCUCCCCUGCCCCUCUGACGCUUCCCGUUAGUCCCCUUGCGAGGAAGGGUACUGCCCCCUCAAGUGGGGCCUCCCGCAGAGUCACGUGUACCAGAAGCAGGCACAUCUCCGAAGAAUACAGUGGACGGUGGGCACUGGGUGUUUACUCUGUCCUCUUUCUUGUCAACCAGCUGUUGGUGUGUUUUCAGUCUCCCUGUCUGUGCUCCAACUCAGCUCUCCUUCCUGCAGCCGUCAACGCGGCCAGUACAGACAAAAGCAAUAAGUAUUCGUGUGCGUUGUGAACGGUUCUGGCGUAUUUCUUGGUGUUGGUCUUCCUGUCCCCUUUUGACGACCUGGCGUUGGCCUGCCUGAGUGGGGUCCCACAGGAUGGUGGUGUUGGCCGUUCCUCGGUUCAGAAACAUCGGGUUGAGCCACCGGGUAGCAUGAUGUCAUGCUGGUGCGAAAGAUGACAUGUCUUUGAUCUGCCUGGCUUUGGUACAAUGUACCGAGGUCGUUCUCUUAAUACAGCACUGAUGGACGAUGUCCCAAGUACAGUAGUGUAGAUCUGCCGAUCCACCAUCUGGUGACAGGCGUACAUCUUCCUGAUGGAACAAAUACGGCAGGGUUCGCCUGUCCUUCACACAAGGUGUUACCGGUCUGCCUGUUAGUACAAUGGCACGAUCCGUCUGUCCGUUCACAAAUGUCACGGAGUCGUUCCGCCUGCCCUCCGUACAGUGGCAUGAGGUUGGACCACCUGUCCCAGGUAUGAUGACACGGAGUCAUUCCACCGCCCUUAAAAACACCUGUUCUCUGCUGAAUCCGUACCUGGUUCAUACUGCUUCGCGGUGUCUCCGAGGACUAGGGAUCCCUCCAGAAGGGUGCAGUCCUGUUCUUUGCCGUGUUACCCAACAAAACGAUGCCGCAGUAUCGUGAUGCUCCGAGAAUUCUUCAGAGCACCCUGGCAGCAAUGGCAAAGGGGCAGGGAAAGGGUGAGGGCGCCCUGUGCUGGCGACACGCCCGGGAGAGGAGGCAGCAGCGGCCCGAGCGCUUUGCGGGGCACACUGCGGGCUGGGGGCCUCCUGAGGAGCGGCCGCCUGACAGCCGUGCCCGAGCCAUGUCUGCUCAGGCGUCUCUUCCUUGUUUUUAUCACCAUUUCCGUCGGCCGUCAGCACAAACGUGAAAAUUCAGGGAAAACAAACAAAUGCUUUUUGAUAAAAGUAAAUAGUUGUGAUUUCCGAUUCAGAUAUUUUUAGAGCUGAUGCUAUCUGUAAAAAUCAAUAACAAUAAUAAUAGAGUCUAUUUUACAUAUCAGGAAAGUGAACAUGUUUAAAUAUAGCCAUAUAUAGCGAGAAGGAACUUACCACCCCUUCUUCAAAUCGAGGCAUUUCAUUUGUUGGUUGAAGCAGAUGAGAAGUGUACAGAUUGGAUAUGACUUCUUGUUUCUUUCUUUUAAACUAAUAACCAAUUGGUGCAACUCUCCUUGUAACCAAAGGCCCUUUCUGCCUUGUGCGGUCACACAGGACCUGGCCCUCCCUUCCCCGUGUAGUUUGUCUGACCUUAAAGUAGCAUUUUAUUGAGUCACUUUUGAAGGACGAUUUCAGAAGUAUCAUUAAGAACCUACCUUUUCAGGCUUACAAGCCAGAGUCCUAUAGAGUUCUUAUAGAAACAGAAUAACUGAAACUCAGCAUAUACUAUGCUUAGAAAGUAUCGCAUUUUGUUUUGGUUUUUUCUUUUACUUGUGUACGUAUUGUGGGAAUAUAGCUUUUAUCCUGUGCCCAACUCAAAAUAAGAGUAUUGUAAGUUUUCCCAGGCCCCACCUGCCAAAAAAGGAACAAACCCCGAUUUUUAAUACGUGUCUACCCCUGCCUGUACCUGUGUCCAUGCACUGGGAAAUCUACCCGAGAGUCUCCACUGAGAAGCUGACCUUGACAGACAGGUCCUCAUAGAGGAGAGGAAAGCAUGGAUUGGAGGCAAAUACCACUUUCACUCGGUGAUCCAUGUCCCACCCAUUCCUGAACCAAUGAAAAUGGGAAAAGGACAAAACAAAAGGAAACAAAAAACCAAGUCAACCCAAAGAAACCAAACUAGGGGCUCUAGCGGGUGAAUGUCUGGUCCCUUUGGUGAAUUCAGUGAAACUCACCAAGAACCCAGCAGACCAUGGCUUCCAACUUCCACCAUUAUCAGUAAGGGCUAGGGACCAGGUCCCCGUGUGAUCUGGGGCAUCUGUGACCCGCGGAGAGAGGAGGGCGAGCUCUGGAGGAGUCGGCUUUUCCACUUUUUUUUUUUUUUUUUAAAUCUUUGGGUAAAGAAAAACAACAGGACUUGGGUACAGUAGAUUUCUCAGUGCCUUCUUUAGGAAUUUUCUCUUAAGCACAUUUAAUGGGGAAAGAAAAAAAGAGGACAGAACAUUUGUCUCCGUGAAGUCCCUUUCUCUAAAAGCACUGGGGAUCAAGAAGGAAGAAGACUGGGGAACAGCCAAAUCCCGAGGAGGCCCUCCCUUCCAACUCACCCGGCUUGCCCCCGCGUAGGGCUGGUGGCGGCGACAAACUGCCAGACUGAUUCCCAGCUCUCCUCCUCCACGUCUUGGUGACUGUAGCUUCGCCCCUGCCCUUUCUCCUAAUGAGACCCACUCUUCGGAGGAGAAAAACAGCAACAACAACAACAGUAUUCUCUUCUGUGAAACUGUGAUGUAUUGAUGUGUGUUACUAUUGUACAUUUCUGUCUUGCUCCAAGUCACGGCUGGAGUGUCUAGUCCACGGACAAGGGGAAAUGGAAAUUUUACCAUGGACAAGGGUUCACAAGAGCCAGGUCUCUCUCUCUCUCCCCCUCUAUUUCUCUCUCUCUCCUCCUGCCCCCCAUCCUUUCCUUAUUUUUCUGCCAAGAGUCCCACCUAACAUAACCCCAGGCUUCAGCAUCCAUUAGGUAAUUUCGAAUGCAGUGAGAUUGUAGUGAAAUGCCUCUAGGGCAUGAUCCUUUGUGAGAGGGCUUUUCCAGUGGCUGGAGGAAGAAGGGGUCACCUCUGCGGCCCCCAGGGGAACAAGAGAGAGCCUUCAGCCCUGAGCUCAAGGCCCCCCUACCGCCACAUACACUUCUGGUUUCUCACUGCUUUUAUGACAACAUGCACAUCCUUUCACUCAGCCAGGGAGACCCAAACCAGCCUGGCUACGCCCCCAAAAUGAAAUUUACCUCUGCAUUUUCUGUUGCCACGUUUCUGGCUCUAGAAGUAUCGGAUGCAGGCCUACAUCGUAGGAUAUCCAGAGUAGUCUAUUUUUUUGUUCAGAUAAAAAGUAUAUACGUAUGUGUGUGUGGUUAGCAAAUUUGUAAUAGGGUUAUUCAGUCUCAUUGCUUCUUUUGUAAUACAGAGUAACAUCUUAGGAAUUUUUAUGGUUGGUCAUUAUCAUAGCUGGUAUGCUGGUAUUUUCUGGGUUUUUUGUUUGUUUCUUCCAUUUCCUCCGUUGCCCUUCAGGCUCUCUUUCUUCCUUUUGGACCUGACUUUCUGGCGGUGGGGAAAGACUUCAGGCUCUGACUUCCUUGUGCAGGCAUUUCCUGACGCUAGGCCUAGAGUCUGUGGACACUGUAACUUUCCUUCUAUGUGUUCUGUCUCUGUGUUUCUCCUAUUUAUUGUUCUUAAGAUUCCAGGGCAUGGAAGCAGGAGGGAGACCAAGGGGAAGCAAGGCCACUGAUGGCCCUCAAAAUCGGGAUGGCAUGUUGGCUGGUUCAGCUCCUCCUUCCCAACCCUGCUGGCAUUUUGAAGACUGAAUUUUCUCAUCCCUGGAGAUCUUAGGACUACAAAUCUCACGCAAGCAAACUUCCCACUGAGGUCCAGAACGCACCCAAGCCCCUCUUGGCUGGCCUGUUGCCAUGAUCAGCGACCCAUUCCCCUGUAAUAGCAGUUGGAUCCAAAGGCCAGAGCAUUUUCAGGUUCUUGCAAACCUCAGAGAACAUGCUGGGCCUCAGAUCUCAUCAACUUCUUACUGGUUCCUCAUUUUAAUCCAUUUGCAACAUCCUCACCAAAAAAAAAAAAAAAAAAAAAAAAAAAUCCCAAAACAUAAAACAAAAAAACAAACACAGUAAACAAGCUUGCAGCCAAACCAUGAAAAGACGCGUUCCCAAGAACCUGCCAUCUCAUCUCCCCAUCCCUUCCCAGCUGCCUGGCUCCUACCACCAGAGACUUAUGGCAAGGGCAGUGGUGUUUUUCCAGUUUCCACUUAUCCAGGCACUGGGGAGUUUCUGGACUGUCCUGAUUAAUUCCACCAGGCAGCUUCCAGCCUUGGACAGACCGAGGACAUCUCACAAAGCAGGAUCUUCCGCAGAAAGUGAUUCUCACUCCUCGACUCAUUCAGGAAGAUGAAGAAAGGCCAGAUGAUCUCCAACUUGCAUUAAUUUCUAGGUGUUCAUACCCCACCUGCCUCGCUAUCAGUUUCAGGAUUCUGGCCUCUGCCCAGAUCAGAGUUCUGAGCCGAAUCUGGACCCCCAUGGCAGUGAACCAUCCCCUUGGAUAAACCCCAAGAGGAAACCAAGGACGAAUGUAUUACUUUGGACUCUGCCCCUCAUCAGAGUUUUCCCACCCCCCCAAAAUUCCUGAGCCAAAUAAAACAGAUUAGAUUUUUACAGACUUUUGUACAAGAACAAAACAAAUUGUCUCCCAGUAGUUUGCCAGGUUUGAUGCCCAGAUAAGCAAAUAACUCUAUCCCGUGGCUGGUUUCAUCUAAAGAGAGAUUGGGAGGUUUGGGUUUCUAUCCACUGCCCCUGCUUUUGUCUUAACCUGGAAUUUCUCCUGAAUGUCCCCAAAUGCCGACUUCAAGAAAUGGAUUUGCAAGGGGCUCUAGUGAAUCCAGCAGUCCCUCAUCUUUUUCUUCCCCUCUGGUUCUAACUCUCCAUUCCUCUCCAAAGACCCUAAAAAGAUCUAAAGCCUGGCCAGGAUGGGGGAAGGGGCUGUUCUCCUGAAGGGGAAAGAUACGCCUGCAGGAUGACUGUGAGUGAGUCUCUGAAAGUCUCUUUCCUGUAAUGAACGAAGUGGUCCAUUUCAGCUCCGAUGAAGAAAGGGAUUCUCAUGGGCAGGGCCACCUUACCAUGGAAUCCGGUGCCAUGUUGGGGAAUGAGCUGCUUUGAAAGAGGCUAGAUGAUGCACAAAAUGGAUGUUGCUGAGGGACCCUCACAUUGCACGGCCACUAGACUGAACAACGAGGGAAAUCUGCACCCCUUUCCCCCUGGGGAGGUGUGUAUGUGGUUUGAACAUCUGGGCACAGGCUCGAGGCAUUGAUGCAAAAGCAGGGAGUACAAUUAGCAGGAAUUCAAAUUCUGGGAUUUGGAGUUUUCCGUGAAGGGUGCCAGGGAGGGAAGUGGCAGCAGGAUACCCUCCUUCCCUUCUGCUUCCUAUCUUGGGCAAUUUUAAUGAUCCCACUGAUCACUCAUCUAACCCGUCCCCAGUGCCCUCACAGGCCCCACACUGGGUGGGAUGAGGCUUAUGCUACCCUCCCCAAACCAGCCAAGGAGCAGUCCCGUCUCUGGCUGGUCUCAUGGUGCUUCAGCUCUUCUGCCCAGACCCUGUGCCCUCUUAGGCCUGAGGCUUUCUGUACACGAGAUGCAAUUAUCUUUUAUCCACUAGCCAGCCGUCGAACUGCCCAGGCAACAGCUAAUGGCACCAUUCCAAAAGGGCUUUUUUUUUUCUUCUGGCAAAUAAAACAGAAAAAUCGCAUUCAAGACAUCUGAAAAUCUCCACCCAAUAAAGUAAGUCCAGAAGGACCAAAAGAGAGAGGCCACUGUAAUCUGAUUUUGCAGCCAGACAAGGCUUUCGCUGCCCAGGCUCCCACAUCCGUAGCCCCUUCCCCAGUCGGUCUGGAAACUGCAUUGUCCAAGGAGAGCAUUUGACACAAGAGGUUGUAAAAUCCCCCUCCCCCAGUUGUGUAUGGUGGGUUUGGAGGAGGUGGGCCUUCAUCCUCAAGGCGACCCCAAGUAUUGGCAGUUGUGAGCAGUUUUAAUUAUGAAGUGAUGCUGGACGGUAAGAUUGCAAGGACAGACUGAGCUUGCACUUUCUCCGGAAACACAAUGAAACAAAAAUCCAGUUCCCAAGAUCCUCCUUUGAAGCUCUGUCCUGCAGAAAUAUCUCAAGUCAGUGGCUACAAUGGCAUGACAAUUCUGGAAAAUAAAGGAAACUCCCAAUUCUGUCUCAUUAAGAUGCUCUCAAGGGUCCUGCGUGGAUCAUCCCACACUUCUUGCCUCCCUGAGCUAAUCCAAGUUUGGAAAACAAGGAGGGAAGCACAGGAGAAGAUGCCCAAGAGAUUCGGACUUCUCCGAGGCUUUGGCUUGUGGCCCCCUGGUCUUCACUAGGGUUUGGGUCUCUCCUUAGAUAAGCUUGACAUCAAAGCCCCCUGUGCCCAAUGGGUGGGGAAGAGGAAGGUCAGCAGCUGCUGGGCCGGGGGCAGCUAACCUGUUUGCUCUCCAGGCCUAUCCCAGCUUCAGUCCAAGGCCAAGGGCUGGGAACAUCAUUUUAUGGGCCAGAAACUCGGGGUUACCCCCCAGUAUAAGCCCGUGGCACAUACAGGCACCCAGCCGGUGUUUUUUGGAGUGAGUGAAUGUGUAAACGAUUGACUUUGAGUGAGUGAAUACAGAAUUUCAUCAGUUCCUGCCAGGCUUGGGGUAUUGCUAACUGGGAAGGAAGGAGAAAUGGGGGGCCCCUCCCAUUAAAGCCUGUAAUGCCAUUUGGCCUUUGACUCAACUGGGGGCUAUGAUGCUAUCCAAAUUUGACAUUUGUCUGCCCUAAGGUCCACAGUCUUCUCAGAGCAGAACUUCCUGGGGCCCCACAGGGCAUCCCCAUGUUCUUUCCUACUCUCCUGUCUUGCAUUUUCAGCCUCAUGUUCUAGUCUAGCUCACAAGGAAGGGAUUUGCUGGGGGCAGGAAUUUGGGAGCUGACAUCUGGAAACUGGAUUGCAUUCCCUGAGCCAUGGGAGUCCAGCUGGAAAGGAGGGCAAACCUGCCCUCCACCUUUGAGAGCUAAUGGGUCUUCCUUUCUUCUGACCCCAGUGCCCCCAAAGGUAGCAUGUGCCCCAAUUCCAUCAGCUCUAAGACCCUCUGUCUCUCCCAGGAACCAUGGUGUGAGGUUGAGGCUUUUCUGCCAGCAAAGCCAUUCUGAUCACCCCACCAUGAUGGGGGCCAAGCCAAUCACAUUAGCCAUAAAUGACCAAUGUCCUUAGCCACUCUUUUCUUGGGGUCACAUUUGUGGGUCCUGUUCAUCUCUGGUCAGUUGAUGUCUCUAGUCCUUCCUGUAAAAGUGAAAAUGAACAUUGUGUGUGUGUGCGCCUGUGCACACGCACACACACGCACACAUACACAGACACACAUACACACACACAAACCAAACAACAAAAAAUUUGUGUCUUUUUAUGCAUGUGAUGAGACGAAAUUGUGACCUCCAGCUGCUGUCCUGUCUUGUAAAAUAUGUCCAGAUGUUAAAGAAUUUCUAAGCAAAUGGUCCUUUAACGAAGUAUGCACAGUUCAAUAAAAAGGUAUGGAGAAAACAA